ACAACAUCGAUCUUCUCUGUUUCUUUUUCUCUUUCUCUGAGGUUUUUUCUUUUCUCUCUUCUUUCUUUCUUCUUUUCUAGCUCUUUCUGGUUUAAAUGGGUAGAAAACAUCUAGCUCUGGUGCUAAGGUUACUGUUGCUUUUCACUCUCUUGGGUGGUAGAGCUCAUGGAUCAAGAUACACUCACUUCAAGGUAAAACCCAGUUUUCAGAAUCCCCCACAAAGUACUUUCUCUGGGUUCUUACCCAAGGGAAUGCUCAUACCACCUUCUGGUCCUUCCAAGGGGCAUAAUAGCAUUGGACUACAAAGUUCAGGAAGAUUGCCAUGAAGAUCAAUAGAAUUCAGCUCAUAAAGAAAUAGAAGGAGUUCUUUUCUUCCUUCACUCCUCUUACACAAAUUGAGGUUAAUUAUUGGCAAUAUUGUAUACGGAAUUGGUGAGUAAUAAACCUUCCCUUUUUGUAUUGUUUCCAAUAUAUAGAACUCUUGGUUUCUACUGUGUGAGUUAGAAACACAGGCCAGGCUACAGCCAGUUUGAACAUUGCACGGAAUCUUUUAUGUGUGCAAUGAGCAGUUUCAAGAGCGACAAAGAUAAGCUCUUUUUGUAAAAAAAGAAGUUAACAAUA